CUGCAGGACAGGAGAGCUUUAACUCCCGCUCCCUGGCUCUGCAGGCCCAGAAGAAGAUCCUGAGUAAGAUGGCCACCAUGGCGGUGGCCAACAUGCUGACGGACGACACCAGCAGCGAGAUCCUGGACGAGCUCUACAAGACGUCCCGCGAGUUCACCAAGAGCAAGAAGGAGGCCCACAAGAUCAUCAAAGACGUCAUCAAGAUCGCCCUGAAGAUCGGCAUCCUGUACCGGAACCACCAGUUCAACCCGGACGAGCUGGACACGGUGGAGCGCUUCAAGAAGAAGAUGAACCAGGCGGCCAUGACGGCGGUGUCGUUUUACGAGGUGGAUUACACCUUCGACAGGAACAUCCUGUCGGAGCUCCUGCUGGAGUGCAGGGACUUGCUGCACGGCCUGGUGGAGCAGCACCUGACCGCGCGCUCGCACGCACGCAUCGACCACGUCUUCAACCACUUCGCCCGCGGGGAUUUCCUGGCCGAGCUCUACGGAGACGGAGAGGAGUACAGACUCCCUCUGAGGAAAAUUUGCAACGGCCUGAACAAACUGCUGGACGAAGGAACGCUUUAACCUCCUGACCUGCUCCGACAGCUUCAUCCUCCUCCUCCUCCUCGCUUCUGUCUUCCUGUUCGGUCCCCGUCUCCUUCCAGGGAGCUGUCCUCACAUCCUGCUGCUCUGGUCCAAGGAGGGACUUUUUAGACUCGUUCUUCUUGAAUCAGUGCUGCAGACCAGGACCGCCUGUUUCACACUGUACGCAUCAUGUUUCAUGUGCCGCACGCCGUCUCUGUGGGUUUGGUGUGAGUGUGAGCACCGUGAGUCUGUUUGGGUUUGUUUGUACAACUUUGUCAUGUUUAGGUGUCCAUCUUCUGAAAAAGGGUGUAACACUUCGUCUUUUAUUAAAGGUUUCUUUAAAUCCUU